AUGGCAUCCUCAUUGAAACACGUCACCGGAGCCGCGGACAGGGAUUCGAGAAUCGUCAAGCAGCUCGAGUUCUAUUUCAGCGACACCAAUUUACCGUACGAUAAGUUCCUGCAGGCCAAAAUCAGGCUUAACGACGGCUGGGUGCCGAUAAGCGUGCUCUUGACGUUCAAAAUGCUGAAGUCCAUCACCAGGGACUCGGCCGUGAUCGCGUCCGCCGUCAAGGACGCCGUCGGCAGCAUCGUGGAAGUCGACGAGACGGGCUCGAAGAUCAGACGAAAACCGGAAAUCGCCGCGCCCGCCCCCGAUCGCCGGCUGUUCAAGGACAUCGUCCAACGGUCGAUUUAUUGCAGCGGUUUCCCGAGGACGACCACCGUGGACGAACUGUUGGAGUUCGCCGCGACCUUUGGCGACAACGUCAUCACGAAAACCACCCCCAUGAGGUUCAAGUCCCAGGCGUUCAAGGGCGCACUUUACUUCACGUUCAGCACCAAAGACGAGGCGGAGAAGUUUUUGGCAAGAGAAUCCGUCGAGUACAACGGCGUGGAAAUAAAGCGUAUGUGGGAGAGUGAUUUUUUGGGAGAUUUCAACGCCUACAGUCCAUUCAAUUACGCAUAA